GCUGGACCCCAAGCACAAAAAGUAUCUGAACCCGCUAGAUUGUUUCUGGCUGCGAGUCUUUUGCAACCAUCAAAAUUUCGUUAUUUCAGACACGAUCCGCGGGAAAUCCUAUCUUUUGCUCCCGAUCUCAUGUCUUCAGUCAUUUCAGAGCUCCAUCUGGAUAAUAAUAAUUCAGCAGCCAGACCCAGAAGACGUUGCUAAACCCAUCGCUGUCCAAAGCAGAAAACCGCACAACGGACAAAACGUGCUUUUACUGACCUGAACCACGCACUCUUGUUCGAAAAGGGAAAUAAAAAAUCUAUUUUGAUCUUGAUCCGACUGGAUUACUAGCUGUAUAGUAAAGCUGCCUACGCGAUUUCUGGGAGAAUUCAAAAUUCUGAUUGUUGCCAGUAUUGUGGAAUAAGGAAAAUGCAGUUAUUAAGCGUCCAGAGUUUCUUGGAUUUACGGGCUCUGGGUCCCGGAAGCUUGGGUUUCGGGGAAUCCCAGGCGGGGUUGAGGGUGCAGUGGGUGGAUCCCAGAAACGUUAGGAGAAGAAAUAUGAUCGCCAUAGCGUGUGCUGCUGCAGAAAGGGAUGGGAAUGGCCCCAGAGAGAGUCGGAGUAUGAGUCAGAGUCAGAGUCAGAAGCAGAGUCAAAGACCGACCGGUUCGAUUCCCUCUUUGUCCCACUCCUACGCCCUCUUGAAGCAGCAAUUGGAAGUAGCUGCGAGAUCCGAGGAUUACAAAGAAGCGGCAAGGAUUCGAGAUUCACUAAAAUUGUUCGAGGAGGAAGAGCCAGUUCUGCAUCUGCGAAGAUUGAUGAGGGAAGCGAUUGCUGAUGAAAGGUUUGAGGAUGCAGCUAGAUACCGAGAUGGGCUAAAAGAUAUUGCCCCCCACUCUCUAUUAAAAUGUUCCAGUGAUGCCACAACCUCGGGAAUAAGGGUUCAAGUUAGCAGUGCUUAUAUAGAGGGCAGAAGUCGACCUUCGAAAGGGAUAUACUUCUUUGCAUGCAGAAUAAGAAUUACCAAUAAUUCAGACCUCCCCGUUCAACUUUUUAGAAGGCACUGGAUUAUAACUAAUGCUAAUGGAAAGACAGAAAACGUUUGGGGGAUCGGGGAUGUUGGUGAACAGCCAGUUAUACUUCCUAGGACUGGUUUUGAGUACUCCUCAGGAUGCCCGUUAAACACCCCGAGUGGUAGAAUGGAAGGUGACUUUGAGAUGAUCUACGUCGAUAGAAGAGGCUCAUCCCCAUCAUUUAAUGUGGCAAUUGCUCCCUUUUCACUCUCUUUUCUCGGAGAUGAUGACGGCGAUACCAUGUGAGAUUGCAAACGUAGCUUCCCCAGCAUGAAAUGGGAAGUAACUUUGUCAAACGUUCCCAAGCAGCUUAAUUAUUUGCCUUUUUUUUUUUUUUUGCGAUAAUUAUUUUGCAUUAUUUAAUUGUGAAGUUAUUAAGUUGUGAGGAAUAAAUACCUCAGUAAAUUUUAGGCCGAGCUGAAGAGGAUGCUGUCAGAUUGCCCCGCGGUUUCUACAAUUUCGCAGAACUUUGAUAAAUGAAGAACGGGUCACCUGGAAACGAUCAUAGAGGGCGAAAUUGCAACGGCUGCUUUUCACACGGGAUGUAUUAUAUAUUAUAUUGUGAAUUAUGGUUAGCUGAUUUUUAUGCUGUUGAUCCUUGGACAAAAAGAAUUAUGUAUUGCUGAAUUGAUUUAUUGAAAUCGCAAGGUUGAAAUCAAUUGUAGAUGUUAGAUUA